UAACGUGCAGGUCGUUUACCCAACGGCCAGUAACGAGUAUAAAGGGAGGUUCGGAUCGUGGCGAACACUUCGUUAUCGAACAUCUCGUUAAGAUGCAGUCGGGAAUAUCCUGUAUCGUCACCGUCCUCGUCGGAUCGGUUGUGUUCGUGAUCCUCGACUUCAGCGAUCCUGUCGCGGUCGCGGAAACGAUUGACGGGGACGAGCACAAGAUCCUUUCGGACUGCAAGCACUCGGAUUACAGGACCUACGUACAGUGCUUGACCAGACACAGAAGACAUCAUGGAUCGAAUAACUUGGAUUUUGAUCUUACCUGUAUGGAGACGUGCCAUAAGAAAUGCGAAACCGAUAACGGUUGCGACCGGGAUUGCAUUCACUGUUACAAAAAGACGAAGCGCAAACACCAAGUGAUCACCGAAUACGAGACCGAAUGUGUUUCUGGGGACUGUACUAGUGGUAGUAGUAGUAGUAAUAAGGGUCAACAAUCGGGUGCCAAUAUUACUACUAACAUUGAGAUUCGUAAUAUUAUUAAUGGAUCCGGAGUGUGUUGUCCCACUUGCAAACCGCCAGUUCCUUGUCCACCACCAGUAACACCGACAACACAAUCACCAUCAGGAACAUCACCAUCAGCAACACCACCAUCAAAAGUUCCACCGACUGUACCAUGUUGUCCCACUUGCAACCCACCAACAAUUUGCCCACCACUUCUUCUUUCGGUGCCACCCUGUAUCAUUCCCUACUGUCCACCAUAUUUUCUUGGUGGAGGUGGAAUGGGCGGAGGUGGUGGUUGGGGUGGAGGUGGUGGAUGGGGUGGAGGU